AUGGCGGCCUAUCCAGAGAGGUGCGUGGAUGCCACCGUGCUGGACUUCGUCGCAGACCUGUCCCUGGCCUCCCCGGGGCACCCACUCCUCUGCGACUUCGCACCUGGGGUUCCCUUUGGGGACCGAGACCUUGUGCUCCGAGAGGGAAGACGCAGGAGGCUGGCACGCUUUGAGGAGGAGGAUCCCGAAGAGGAGGGCGAAGUAGACGAGGGGGAGGAGGAGGAGGAGGAAGAGGAGCAUGGGAGAGGCGCGUCCCCGCUGGGCCGUCCCAAGAGGAAAAGGGUGAUCACCUAUGCCCAGCGCCAGGCAGCCAACAUCCGCGAGAGGAAGCGGAUGUUCAACCUCAACGAGGCCUUCGACCAGCUGCGAAGGAAGGUGCCCACUUUUGCUUACGAGAAGAGGCUGUCCCGGAUCGAGACCCUACGCCUGGCCAUCGUCUACAUUUCCUUCAUGACCGAGCUCUUGGAGAGCUUCGAAAAGAAGGAAACCGGCUGA